GAAUAGGGCUUAGAUGGGUGCAGUUGGGGACAGAGUCCUCAUUCCCCUAGAAAGGCCAUGGCCACACCCUGCCUUCUUACCCCUGUCUUCCUAAAUCCGUUCUCUGUCCCCACCUUCCUUCCUUCUUCCCCUGAGGAGGAAGCAUUCCUCCAAAAGGCCUACUUUAGGCUCCCCUCUCCUAGCUUUGCCUGUAGGAACUGGGAUAAAUUGAACCUCCUGUAGGCCAAUCCCUGCUAGCUACUAGCGUCCCCUUGGAAACACAUUUAAGGUGUGGAAGUCUCCCACAACCACAGCCCCCGACCCCAGUCCCCACCUUCAUACGGUCUUGGGUGGCACCGUGGGCUCGGUCGGUGCCCAAGUAGCCAAGAGCUCGGAGGCCUGUGGGCAUUGGAGGCCCUGGAGGAGGUUGUGUGGUGGAGGUCUGCGUCGCUGCCUGGCGCUCAGGAAAUGAGGCUGUGGUUUAACUCUACUGAUGCGUUUUUCUCCCCACCCCCGCCCCGCAGAUUCCUCAUGGAGGAACCAAGGCGUUCAAAGCGACUGCGCUACAUGGCCCCUAAUCAAGCCUCAGGUGGGCGUCCUACAGAACCAUUCUGCUCUGUUGUGGACCCCGAAGACUCCGUGGAAGUCCAGUCCACGGAGAGCCACGCAGAGCCAGUCCAACCUGCAAAACCCAUUGCUUACGUGAAACCCUUGAGAUGGGAGCCCCCAGCUCGCACAGAGUCGGCUCCUCCUGCAGAGAGAGGCCGGCGGCGGGGAGGAAGCCGGCUGGCAGGGCGAGGCCGUGGCAGAGUGAGUGGGCCCCGCAGGGACGCUGGCCAGAGACAGCGGGCAGAACGCUUGCUGGGACCAGACAUGCACAUCCAACUGCACCACCAUGGAGAGCCAGGCCACCAGGGGGAACCAGAAAUCAGGCAGACCUCAGCCUUCUCUUUUCCUGAAACAGCUCCUGUCCCUGGAACUGUGCAGGAAGGCCCUGGCCCUGAUGUGGCCCAUCCUGAGGUGAGGCAUCAGGAUCCACUCCCUGCCUCUGGCCCUGAAGCUAAUGCCUGGGAGCCCAUGUUGACGAUCUAUCCCUGCAUCGGGUUUAGGGCUCUGGGUGGCUCAGCUGUUUUACAGGUCAUUCAAACCGCCAAUGGGACCUAUGUUCAAGGGAUCCCAGUGUUCGUCGCCAACAUUGCAUACUGACGUCUAUCUGUCACCCACAUUGUUCUCAGCCUCCCUUUCUUCCACCUGGACUUCCCCCCAGCCCCAAAUCCAGCCCCAUUUCUGCUCCACUUCUCCCCUCCCAUCCCAACCGAAGCCCUCACCUUGUGUUGUCAGGAUGGA